UGUAUUUAUGUGUUCACUUGUCUUUGGAGCUGAUGAUUGAUUUGAACCAGUGACGCUGGUGGCUUGCUUUUAUUUUGAAGUCUGACAAGUACUCCGGUGUGCGGCGGUGUGGAGCUGGGCGCUUGACAGACUUCUCCAGCAACGAUUUGUAUUGAUGUGAUCAAAGGCGAGUGAGGUGGAGGCUGACCCGUGGGCGGUCACACUGCGCAAUACCAUAGGGCAAAGUUUGACCUGCUCUGAUCUGCCGCUUGUGACUCGGAGGACUGCUGUGUGCGGCAUGAACCAGGGCUGAGCGCAGGCUCGGGUGGUGCGUAUGUCCAAUAUUAUCUUUAAUGAAUGCUGCCGUGUAACCGCCGUGUUUCAGAACGUACUCUCUGGCGCGGGCCUCUGCCUGUCCACUGCACCGAUCCUAGCCAUGGGUGGGAGUCUGGGUUGCCACCGCUCCAUCCCCAAAGACCCCACUGAUUUCAGCUGCGGCAAGCGCAAAUUCAGCGCCGCCUGCAAUUUCAGCCACAUUUUGGUGAAUCAAGAGCGGCUGAACAUUAACAUCGCCACCGAGGAGGAGCUCAUGACUCUGCCGGGAGUUAAUCGCACAGUUGCGCGGAAUAUCGUGCAGUACCGGGACUGUAUCGGUGGCUUUAAAAAGGUGGAGGACCUGGCGCUGGUAAGCGGGGUCGGGGCCACCAAGCUGGAGGUGAUCAAACUGGAAAUCUGCGUUUCUAGCAGGACCAGUUCUUCCCAACACUCUCCGUCGUCACUGCGCAAAGACUUGGACUCUCAGUUCUACACCGGGAUGAACAUCAACACCGCCACCCCGGCGCAGCUCAUGAGCAUUCGUGGUAUCACGGAAAGGAUUGCAAAGAACGUGGUUUCGUAUCGCGCGGAGCACGGCCCAUUUAAAAGCAUCGAGGACCUGGUAAAGGUGAAGCACAUCAACAGCUCGCUGCUCGACAAAAUCCGGUUCCAAGUUUUCGUGGAGCGCUCCCGGGCACCCUCCACCAACACGAACGCAGGGCUCCCCGGCACCACCAAGUGUCACCCAAGCCCCUCUUCCUUUAGUCUGGGCAGCGACGACUUGGACCUCCCACCUGGAGGUCCGACCCAGAUCGUCUCUGUGCGGCCGAAGGUGGAUCGCCCGCUGGGGCUCCGGGACGGGAAGUCCGUAGUGCGCGUGGCCACCUGGAGCCUGCAGGGCUGCUCGUGCGACAAGGCUAACAACCCGGGGGUCAGGGAGGUGGUGUGCAUGACCCUGCUCGAGAAUGAUAUCAAGUUACUGGCAGUGCAAGACCUGCUGGAGCACGAGGCUAUUGAUAAGUUCUGUGCAGAAUUAAAUCAAGGAACACUUGCCAGUUUACAGAAGUGGAAAUGGCCACGAGGGCUGUGGAAAAGUGUUGUGUCGGAAAAACCCACCGGCCAUUCCAGCAAGGGAGUGAGCUACUCUGGCUUUUUGUGGGAUAGCUCCUCAGGAAUUGAUCUGAAGGAUGCCCUCGUCUUGGAGUCUCCUGCUGUCAAUGGAAAUGGGAGUCAUGUACACCAUCCACUCUAUGUGGCUCACUUUUUAAUUGGUUCAUUUGAGCUGACGGUGGUGAAUGUCCAUAUGCAAGCCCCUGCUUCACCAGAGCAGUCCGGUGGCAAAAACCAAAACUCUGAUGAAGCCAAGUGUCAACGCCUCCCUCCCAGCAUCCAGGGAACACUAAAAGGUGAAAAGGAUCUACUAGUGUUGGGCAAUUUUGGUUGCUCUCCUCAGAGUUCAGAGCUGGACACACUGAGAAAGGAGAAAUUCUGUGCCCUGAUACCAUCCACUCAGUUCACCAACAUCACCACCUGCUCACCACAGGGCACCCGCUGCGUGGACAACAUCUGGGUCAGCCGUUCUCUGCAGAAGAUAUAUUCAGGCCACUGCAUGGUAGUUCGGGAAGGCUUAACUAACCCCUGGAUCCCAGAUAACUGGUCAUGGGGCGGUGUGGCCUCUGAUCACUGCCCUGUGUUUGCAGAAUUUUAUGCAGACCUACCUCCUAAGGAGCUUAGCAGACCUGGUAUGGCAGUGGUGGACAGGGGAGACAUUCUGCCCAAACAUGAGCGGUGACAUCGGCUGCAGCAAAGACAGAACUGAAUGACAUGAAGAUUUUAACCUAUCAGGAUUCUGCUUUAUCUCGGUUUGCUGUGGCGCAGUUUCCUACAGAAUGUGAACAAGUGCCAAGAUUGCCUUUUGGGUUUCAGGUUAUCAAUGGAAAAUCGUAAAUGAGAAAUAUUCAAGCCAUAACAAAUGUUUAGACAAAAAUAUGAUGUAUUUUAAAAGAAAUGUGCCAAACAUUUUAUAUAUGUAUAGAAAAAUAAAAAUAAAUUGAUAGAUGAUCACGGUCUGUACGAACUCUUAUUGAUACAGUUUGAGCACCAUCUGAAUGACCCGGAUCUCUUUGCAGGCGCUGCUGUGUCCUUCAUCUUUUAUAGUUCACUGGAGAGUAAGAUUCAAUCUCAGCUGCUGAGCUCAUGAAAGCUGUGUGCUUAAUUAUACAAGUGAAGCUUGUGUGCAUGUGAACUGCCAUACUUCCCUGAGAAUAACGUUGCCAGGCACAGUGACAUCACAGGGCUUUGCUGCUGCCCUUAAAACUGGUCGUUAACCACCUUCACAAUACUGCUUUUGAAAUUAAACCGCCAAGUAACACACACUUGUGUUAUACUGCUCAGCACGAUGCACACACGGGGUUUUAAAAGCACUGUUUAUGUGCACUGACGCCUUCCUGGGCUGCUGUUGCCGACUGGCUCUUUCUGUUUUGGUACACAGCUGUUCUCUCUCAGCUCCUCUCUCCCUCCAUGUCCUGUGUGCUGCUCAAGCAGGGGAGGCAUGAUCUGAUGAUCCCUAACUGCAUUGGCCAGCCUCCUCUGGCAC